CGCGCAGGUAAAGGCAGCAGCAGCAGCAGCAGCAGCAGCAGCAGCAGCGCCCUCCGUCCGUCCCUCCGCCAUGGCCAACUCCGGCUUGCAGCUGCUGGGCUUCGUGCUGGCCCUGCUGGGCCUCAUCGCCCACCUGACGGCCACCAUCCUGCCCCAGUGGCGGGUCUCCUCCUUCGCCGACGGGAGCAUCAUCACGGCCCAGUCCUUCUACAUGGGGCUGUGGAUGGACUGCGUCUGGCAGAGCACCGGCCAGCUCCAGUGCAAGGUCUACGACUCCAUGCUCUCCCUGGGCGCUUACUUACAAGCCACCCGGGCGCUGAUGGUCAUCUCCAUCGUCCUGGGCGUGAUGGGCAUCGGCAUUGCCACCAUGGGCAUGAAAUGCACCCACUGCGGGGACGACAACAAGACCACCAAGGCCCGCAUCGCCAUGACCGGCGGCAUCGUCUUCCUGGUGGCCGGUUUGUGUUCCCUGGUCGCCUGUUCCUGGAGUGCAAACCAGAUUGUUCAAGAUUUUUACAACGCCUACUCCCCCGUAAAUAAAAAGUACGAAAUUGGCCCUUCCAUUUUCCUUGGCUGGGCUGGAGCCGCCUUGUCGCUGAUUGGGGGCGGAUUGCUCUCCUGCUCGUGUCCAGAGGGAGGCUCCGGGUACAAGAACCGCCAGUAUCCGGCGCCGAUGCCCAUCGCCAAACCCCCCAGUAGCCGAGAAUACGUCUAAGAUGCCCGGCCAGCUGACGUCAAGACCCAUGUGCCACUGAGCCUGGAACAGCCCGGAUUUUGCCGCCCAAGUUGGGCAUCGUAGACUUUUAAACCCCCUCGGAGGGAGGGGGUGUGCUCUCGUUUUACCCCGUUUUAUUAUUCCUCCUCUGCUCUUUGAUUGUGUUUUUAUUUUUAUUUUUUAUUUUUUUAAAUAGCCAUCCUUAUUUUAAUUAGAGAUAUUUUAAUAUUUUAACCGGCUGUCAGCCCCGAAGGGGAGGGGGAACGGACCUUGUUAUUAUCCGUGUCUGCCUUUCCCUGGGAAGGAUCAGAGAGAGGGCGCGCUCCACUAAUCCUUUGACCCUCCCGGCGGGGGAUUAUGGGGCUUAGAGUCUCGAGGUAAAGCGAUCGAGGAAGCGCUAGCAAGAUUUUCAUUUUUUUCUAGGGAGAACCCACCUCUCCCCCUUAAUAAACGGACCCAAUUGGACAAGACCUACCCCCGCCCACCACCCCCUGGGUGCCCUUAUGGAGGGUUGGAUUGAUCCUAAAGAAAGCCCCCCAACUAUCUGGGGGUUUUCCUCCCCCCCCCCACAAAUAACCACUGAGGAAUUGGCAUUUGGCAUCUCUGCUGUCUGGCAGAUGUUUACAAGACUGGGCGUUUUGGGGGGGGCAGGGAACUUUGACCCCCCACCACCACCUCGCCCAGGAAAAGGGGGUCUCCCUUCUCCGUGGGGCAGCCCAGCCGAAAACCCCUAAAACUAAUUCUUGGCAGGCUGCUUGCAGACUUCAGAAAUGGUUUGGCUUGUGUAAAUAUAUGUACGCGCGCUGGGGAAGCCUUGGGUGAAGCGAGGAUCCCUGAUUCAAGUCCUUUUAAUUCCUCCCCAUAAAAUGUUCCUGGCUUUUCUUGCAAAAUCAUAUUUCGUGGAGGAGGAAAAAAUUUACCUUGACUUACAUUUGCUUGCUUGGAUAGAUUUUAACUUUUUUUGGGAGGGAGGGGCUGGGGAGGUCGAAGGAAGGGAUGAAUGCAAAUUGGAAUAGGAAAGGAGGGAUCUUUAGAUUAAAAAGCUAGCCUUAUUUAAAGCACGAAUCCCUUCGGGUGCUGUGUGCGUUUUGUGUAUUUUUUUUUUUAAAAAAAUUGUAUUGCUGAGAAUCUAUAUAUUUUUUUUGUAUGUAAUAAAUGAGAGUGUUUUGGACAAAAAAAAAAA